CUACCUUGGAACACCGGGCGAUCGUGCGGAAAUUAACCUAAACGUGCAGCGCAAGAACACUUCUCGAACCGGCGGCCGGCAUGGUGGUGAUGGACAGCUUGUUCGGCGUGGUGGGGGACGGCUUCGUGGCGGUCGCCGCCGGCACCUCCGCCGUGCGGACCAGCUACGUCUUCAGCAACCCCGACCACGACCGGCUCACCCAGCUCGGCUCCCACCUCAUCCUCGCCGCCACCGGCCUCUCCUCCGACCGAUUGCGGCUGCGGGACGAGCUCAAGGCGACCUGCUUGCGGGGCGGCAACAGCGGCGACGCGGCCGCGGCGGCCGCCGUGGCCCGCCUGGAGGUGCUCGGCCACGCGCAGUCCGUCAGCGCCGUGGUGGCCGGCUACGACGGCAGGGAGGGCCCGUCGAUGUACGCCGUCAGCGCCGCCGCGCCGCCGGAGCGGGUGAGCCACGGCGCGGCCGGGAGCGGGGCGGGCCUCUGCGGGCCGGUGCUGGAGCGGCUCUCCCGGCCCGGGAUGACGGUCAAGGAGGCCGUGGAGAUCCUCGACCGGUGCAUCAAGGAGGUCCGGCGGAUCGGGCUGGCGAGCUUCGUGAUCAUGGUCGUCGACAAGGCCGGGGCCAGGGAGUACGCCAAGCGUCUGGUAGUAGUCAAGCCGAAACCUGAACUAGGAGGACGAAAGUUUGGUGGGGAUACUCCUAUGCAAAAUUAGAAAAAUAUAUGUAUUUUUUUUGUAGGUGUGUAGAACCCGAUUGGUAAUUUGAAAUUGAGUCUGACAGUUUUUUUUCUUGCUCUUGAUUAACGAAGUAAAUCCCUGGGUUGUAUGCUCAAUUAAUGCAGAUCUAUCUUCUUUUUUGAGGAACUAUA